AUGGCCGACACUUUUCUCUUCAAUCUUCUUCAUCAAUCUUCUUCUUCAACCUCCUUCACUCAUCUGUUCCUCUCUUCUUCUAUGUCAUCUCGCCCCUAUCUUCGCCGUCUCGCGCUCGUUGUUAUACUGAUCUGUCCCUCUCUUCUUCUCCGCCCUCUCUCCCUUAUCUCCGCCGUCUCGCCCCUAUCUCCGCUGUCUCGCGAGGCUCGGAUCUCGUCGUCUAGACUCAUCCGUUCCUCUCUUCUUCUCCGCCUCUCUCUCCCUUAUCUCCGCCGUCUCACGCGGCUCAGAUCUGGCAGAAUAUAG